GCUCAAGACGUAUGCCAACUUUCCAGAAGCACCUCAGGAGGAGGCUUCUCUCAGCAAUAGGCUCAAGACGUAUGCCACCUUUCCAGAAGCAACUCAGGAGGAGGCUUCUCUCAGCAAUAGGCUCAAGACGUAUGCCAACUUUCCAGAAGCACCUCAGGAGGAGGCUUCUCUCAGCAAUAGGCUCAAGACGUAUGCCAACUUUCCAGAAGCAUCUCAGGAGGAGGCUUCUCUCAGCAAUAGGCUCAAGACGUAUGCCAACUUUCCAGAAGCAUCUCAGGAGGAGGCUUCUCUCAGCAAUAGGCUCAAGACGUAUGCCAACUUUCCAGAAGCACCUCAGGAGGAGGCUUCUCUCAGCAAUAGGCUCAAGACGUAUGCCAACUUACCAGAAGCACCUCAGGAGGAGGCUUCUCUCAGCAAUAGGCUCAAGACGUAUGCCAACUUUCCAGAAGCACCUCAGGAGGAGGCUUCUCUCAGCAAUAGGCUCAAGACGUAUGCCAACUUUCCAGAAGCACCUCAGGAGGACGCUUCUUUCAGCAAUAGGCUCAAGACGUAUGCCAACUUUCCAGAAGCAUCUCAGGAGGAGGCUUCUCUCAGCAAUAGGCUCAAGACGUAUGCCAACUUUCCAGAAGCACCUCAGGAGGAGGCUUCUCUCAGCAAUAGGCUCAAGACGUAUGCCAACUUUCCAGAAGCAUCUCAGGAGGAGGCUUCUCUCAGCAAUAGGCUCAAGACGUAUGCCAACUUUCCAGAAGCACCUCAGGAGGAGGCUUCUCUCAGCAAUAGGCUCAAGACGUAUGCCAACUUUCCAGAAGCAUCUCAGGAGGAGGCUUCUCUCAGCAAUAGGCUCAAGACGUAUGCCAACUUUCCAGAAGCACCUCAGGAGGAGGCUUCUCUCAGCAAUAGGCUCAAGACGUAUGCCAACUUUCCAGAAACAUCUCAGGAGGAGGCUUCUCUCAGCAAUAGGCUCAAGACGUAUGCCAACUUUCCAGAAGCACCUCAGGAGGAGGCUUCUCUCAGCAAUAGGCUCAAGACGUAUGCCAACUUUCCAGAAGCAUCUCAGGAGGAGGCUUCUCUCAGCAAUAGGCUCAAGACGUAUGCCAACUUUCCAGAAACAUCUCAGGAGGAGGCUUCUCUCAGCAAUAGGCUCAAGACGUAUGCCAACUUUCCAGAAGCACCUCAGGAGGAGGCUUCUCUCAGCAAUAGGCUCAAGACGUAUGCCAACUUUCCAGAAGCAUCUCAGGAGGAGGCUUCUCUCAGCAAUAGGCUCAAGACGUAUGCCAACUUUCCAGAAGCACCUCAGGAGGAGGCUUCUCUCAGCAAUAGGCUCAAGACGUAUGCCAACUUUCCAGAAACAUCUCAGGAGGAGGCUUCUCUCAGCAAUAGGCUCAAGACGUAUGCCAACUUUCCAGAAGCACCUCAGGAGGAGGCUUCUCUCAGCAAUAGGCUCAAGACGUAUGCCAACUUUCCAGAAACAUCUCAGGAGGAGGCUUCUCUCAGCAAUAGGCUCAAGACGUAUGCCAACUUUCCAGAAGCAUCUCAGGAGGAGGCUUCUCUCAGCAAUAGGCUCAAGACGUAUGCCAACUUUCCAGAAACAUCUCAGGAGGAGGCUUCUCUCAGCAAUAGGCUCAAGACGUAUGCCAACUUUCCAGAAGCAUCUCAGGAGGAGGCUUCUCUCAGCAAUAGGCUCAAGACGUAUGCCAACUUUCCAGAAACAUCUCAGGAGGAGGCUUCUCUCAGCAAUAGGCUCAAGACGUAUGCCAACUUUCCAGAAACAUCUCAGGAGGAGGCUUCUCUCAGCAAUAGGCUCAAGACGUAUGCCAACUUUCCAGAAGCAUCUCAGGAGGAGGCUUCUCUCAGCAAUAGGCUCAAGACGUAUGCCAACUUUCCAGAAACAUCUCAGGAGGAGGCUUCUCUCAGCAAUAGGCUCAAGACGUAUGCCAACUUUCCAGAAACAUCUCAGGAGGAGGCUUCUCUCAGCAAUAGGCUCAAGACGUAUGCCAAAUUUCCAGAAGCAUCUCAGGAGGAGGCUUCUCUCAGCAAUAGGCUCAAGACGUAUGCCAACUUUCCAGAAGCAUCUCAGGAGGAGGCUUCUCUCAGCAAUAGGCUCAAGACGUAUGCCAACUUUCCAGAAGCACCUCAGGAGGAGGCUUCUCUCAGCAAUAGGCUCAAGACGUAUGCCAACUUUCCAGAAGCAUCUCAGGAGGAGGCUUCUCUCAGCAAUAGGCUCAAGACGUAUGCCAACUUUCCAGAAGCACCUCAGGAGGAGGCUUCUCUCAGCAAUAGGCUCAAGACGUAUGCCAACUUUCCAGAAACAUCUCAGGAGGAGGCUUCUCUCAGCAAUAGGCUCAAGACGUAUGCCAACUUUCCAGAAGCAUCUCAGGAGGAGGCUUCUCUCAGCAAUAGGCUCAAGACGUAUGCCAACUUUCCAGAAACAUCUCAGGAGGAGGCUUCUCUCAGCAAUAGGCUCAAGACGUAUGCCAACUUUCCAGAAGCAUCUCAGGAGGAGGCUUCUCUCAGCAAUAGGCUCAAGACGUAUGCCAACUUUCCAGAAACAUCUCAGGAGGAGGCUUCUCUCAGCAAUAGGCUCAAGACGUAUGCCAACUUUCCAGAAACAUCUCAGGAGGAGGCUUCUCUCAGCAAUAGGCUCAAGACGUAUGCCAACUUUCCAGAAGCAUCUCAGGAGGAGGCUUCUCUCAGCAAUAGGCUCAAGACGUAUGCCAACUUUCCAGAAACAUCUCAGGAGGAGGCUUCUCUCAGCAAUAGGCUCAAGACGUAUGCCAACUUUCCAGAAACAUCUCAGGAGGAGGCUUCUCUCAGCAAUAGGCUCAAGACGUAUGCCAAAUUUCCAGAAGCAUCUCAGGAGGAGGCUUCUCUCAGCAAUAGGCUCAAGACGUAUGCCAACUUUCCAGAAGUAUCUCAGGAGGAGGCUUCUCUCAGCAAUAGGCUCAAGACGUAUGCCAACUUUCCAGAAGCACCUCAGGAGGAGGCUUCUCUCAGCAAUAGGCUCAAGACGUAUGCCAACUUUCCAGAAACAUCUCAGGAGGAGGCUUCUCUCAGCAAUAGGCUCAAGACGUAUGCCAACUUUCCAGAAGCAUCUCAGGAGGAGGCUUCUCUCAGCAAUAGGCUCAAGACGUAUGCCAACUUUCCAGAAGCAUCUCAGGAGGAGGCUUCUCUCAGCAAUAGGCUCAAGACGUAUGCCAACUUUCCAGAAGCAUCUCAGGAGGAGGCUUCUCUCAGCAAUAGGCUCAAGACGUAUGCCAACUUUCCAGAAGCAUCUCAGGAGGAGGCUUCUCUCAGCAAUAGGCUCAAGACGUAUGCCAACUUUCCAGAAACAUCUCAGGAGGAGGCUUCUCUCAGCAAUAGGCUCAAGACGUAUGCCAACUUUCCAGAAACAUCUCAGGAGGAGGCUUCUCUCAGCAAUAGGCUCAAGACGUAUGCCAAAUUUCCAGAAGCAUCUCAGGAGGAGGCUUCUCUCAGCAAUAGGCUCAAGACGUAUGCCAACUUUCCAGAAACAUCUCAGGAGGAGGCUUCUCUCAGCAAUAGGCUCAAGACGUAUGCCAACUUUCCAGAAGCAUCUCAGGAGGAGGCUUCUCUCAGCAAUAGGCUCAAGACGUAUGCCAACUUUCCAGAAGCAUCUCAGGAGGAGGCUUCUCUCAGCAAUAGGCUCAAGACGUAUGCCACCUUUCCAGAAGCACCUCAGGAGGAGGCUUCUCUCAGCAAUAGGCUCAAGACGUAUGCCAACUUUCCAGAAGCACCUCAGGAGGAGGCUUCUCUCAGCAAUAGGCUCAAGACGUAUGCCAACUUUCCAGAAGCAUCUCAGGAGGAGGCUUCUCUCAGCAAUAGGCUCAAGACGUAUGCCAACUUUCCAGAAGCACCUCAGGAGGAGGCUUCUCUCAGCAAUAGGCUCAAGACGUAUGCCAACUUUCCAGAAACAUCUCAGGAGGAGGCUUCUCUCAGCAAUAGGCUCAAGACGUAUGCCAACUUUCCAGAAGCAUCUCAGGAGGAGGCUUCUCUCAGCAAUAGGCUCAAGACGUAUGCCAACUUUCCAGAAGCAUCUCAGGAGGAGGCUUCUCUCAGCAAUAGGCUCAAGACGUAUGCCAACUUUCCAGAAGCACCUCAGGAGGAGGCUUCUCUCAGCAAUAGGCUCAAGACGUAUGCCAACUUUCCAGAAGCAUCUCAGGAGGAGGCUUCUCUCAGCAAUAGGCUCAAGACGUAUGCCAACUUUCCAGAAGCAUCUCAGGAGGAGGCUUCUCUCAGCAAUAGGCUCAAGACGUAUGCCAACUUUCCAGAAGCACCUCAGGAGGAGGCUUCUCUCAGCAAUAGGCUCAAGACGUAUGCCAACUUUCCAGAAACAUCUCAGGAGGAGGCUUCUCUCAGCAAUAGGCUCAAGACGUAUGCCAACUUUCCAGAAGCAUCUCAGGAGGAGGCUUCUCUCAGCAAUAGGCUCAAGACGUAUGCCAACUUUCCAGAAGCAUCUCAGGAGGAGGCUUCUCUCAGCAAUAGGCUCAAGACGUAUGCCAACUUUCCAGAAGCAUCUCAGGAGGAGGCUUCUCUCAGCAAUAGGCUCAAGACGUAUGCCAACUUUCCAGAAGCAUCUCAGGAGGAGGCUUCUCUCAGCAAUAGGCUCAAGACGUAUGCCAACUUUCCAGAAGCAUCUCAGGAGGAGGCUUCUCUCAGCAAUAGGCUCAAGACGUAUGCCAACUUUCCAGAACCAUCUCAGGAGGAGGCUUCUCUCAGCAAUAGGCUCAAGACGUAUGCCAACUUUCCAGAAGCAUCUCAGGAGGAGGCUUCUCUCAGCAAUAGGCUCAAGACGUAUGCCAACUUUCCAGAAGCAUCUCAGGAGGAGGCUUCUCUCAGCAAUAGGCUCAAGACGUAUUCCAACUUUCCAGAAGCACCUCAGGAGGAGGCUUCUCUCAGCAAUAGGCUCAAGACGUAUGCCAACUUUCCAGAAGCACCUCAGGAGGAGGCUUCUCUCAGCAAUAGGCUCAACACGUAUGCCAACUUUCCAGAAGCACCUCAGGAGGAGGCUUCUCUCAGCAAUAGGCUCAACACGUAUGCCAACUUUCCAGAAGCACCUCAGGAGGAGGCUUCUCUCAGCAAUAGGCUCAAGACGUAUGCCAACUUUCCAGAAGCACCUCAGGAGGAGGCUUCUCUCAGCAAUAGGCUCAAGACGUAUGCCAACUUUCCAGAAGCACCUCAGGAGGAGGCUUCUCUCAGCAAUAGGCUCAAGACGUAUGCCAACUUUCCAGAAGCACCUCAGGAGGAGGCUUCUCUCAGCAAUAGGCUCAAGACCUAUGCCAACUUUCCAGAAGCACCGCAGGAGGAGGCUUCUCUCAGCAAUAGGCUCAAGACGUAUGCCAACUUUCCAGAAGCACCUCAGGAGGAGGCUUCUCUCAGCAAUAGGCUCAAGACGUAUGCCACCUUUCCAGAAUCACCUCAGGAGGAGGCUUCUCUCAGCAAUAGGCUCAAGACGUAUGCCAACUUUCCAGAAGCACCUCAGGAGGAGGCUUCUCUCAGCAAUAGGAAUCCCAAAAUCCCUGUGGCUACUGGAAAGGGUCCUUGGGUGCCCUGGCUCACCUCGAGAAGCGUCCCUUUUGCCCUGCCAAGCCUCGAAGAGAUUGCUGAGGUGUCCCUCGUUACUAGACAGGAGUCCUGA